GGCGUCCAGGAAACGCGCCUUCUCCAAAGUGCGCAGCCAGCGCGCAGCUCCACAGAGGCGAGACGAGGUCACAAGUUUCCAAACUCUUCCCCUGCAGAAAUCUCCGGCUCCGGACAGAGAGAGAGGGCGGUUCCCACCCCCACCACCUCCUGACACUCACACGGAACUUAAACGCAAACAUCUUACCGAGUCAGAGUUUCAUGAAGUUUGUGCGUCGGACAGACUGGCGGGCGGAAUGACUAAUCAUCCAUUACGCACGAACGGAAUGCAGAGUCUGCAGAAAGAACACCUGUACAAGGUGCUGGUUAUUGGAGACCUCGGGGUGGGGAAGACCUCCAUCAUCCGGCGGUACGUGCACCAGACUUACUCCACAAACUACAGAGCCACAAUCGGAGUGGAUUUCGCCCUGAAAGUGCUGAACUGGGACUCGGAGACCGUCCGGCUCCAGCUGUGGGACAUUGCAGGUCAGGAACGUUUCGGGAACAUGACCCGAGUGUAUUACCGGGAAGCCAUGGGGGCCUUCAUCGUGUUCGAUGUGACGCGGCCCACAACCUUUGAGGCGGUCAUAAAGUGGAAGGAAGACCUGGAUUCUAAAGCCAUGCUGGCCAAUGGAAGCAGCAUAGCCACCGUGCUGCUGGCCAACAAGUGUGACCAGAGCCGAGACCUCACCAGCAACGGUACCAAAAUGGACCAGUUCUGCAAGGACCACGGCUUCGUGGGCUGGUUUGAGACAUCAGCAAAGGUGAAUAUAAUUACGUUUUUUUUUUGUUGUUCGUGAUGAAAGGAACACAUUUUACACUUGUACUGGAUAAUUAAAAAAUAUCCCAAUUUACAGCAUUUAUAUUCUUUAAAAUUCUCAUUAAAUUUGUUUUAUAGGACGUAGUUUCUGCAGAGCGUCAGGGUUUCAUCAGAAAUUCCCCUCUAAGUUGUGGGCUGGACUGUUGAUGGAGAGUAAGCCCACCCCCACUUCCCAUCAUCCUUUUCAGCCCCAACCUAACAAUACUGGUGCAACAAAAACAGCAAUCAAAAUGUGAUCU